AUGUCAAAACCCCUUGAACCCGCUGGCCUGUGGAACAAUCACAAACAAUCGGAGAUCACCCCGCUUAUUGGCAUCAUUUUCGAGGAUGUGAACCUUGCGGAUGUGCUACGAUCUCCCGACAGUGACGACAAAAUCCGCGACCUCGCAAUUCUCAUUUCACGGCGUGGGCUCUGUGUAUUUCGCGGCCAGGGAAACUGCACUGUUGCUGACCAGAAACUCCUUUGUCGGAAGCUAGGACAGCUGACGACCCGUCCUGCUACUUCUGAUCUGUGGAUACACCCUGUGAACCAAACACAACUGCCUGAUGGUACAUUAGAUGGAGAGGUCAUGUCUCCGUCUCGUGACGCUGGAAAAAAGUUAUAUACUAGAGAAGGUGGGUAUGCCACUGGCACCGAGAAAACCCAGAGCCGGGCGGAUGGAUGGCAUACGGAUGGAUCUUUUGAACAUGUUCCUGCCGACUAUACUUUACUACACAUGAAGUUCUGUCCAAGCACCGGCGGCGAUACCCUAUUUGCAUCGGCGUUUGAAGCCUACGAUCUUCUCUCUGGCCCAAUGCAGCGCAUGCUCGAAGGUUUGAACGCUACGUUUACACCCCCAUAUCACAAACCCGAGAACAUAGCUGGCCGCCUAUGGCCGGGGAUCAGAGGUGCACCAGAGAAUCAUGGUCCUGAGCUCCGCGCCAGUCAUCCGUGUGUUAGGACCAAUCCUGUGACUGGGUGGAAGAGUUUAUACGCGGUUGGGCACCAUCUCGAGAGCAUUGAAGGUCUUGGAGACGUCGAGAACAGGAUGAUGCUUGAGUUUUUGCAAAGAUUGAUCACGGAAAAUCACCAAUUGCAGGCACGUGUGAAAUGGAACCCCGACGACAUGAUCAUCUGGGACAAUAGAUCUGUUUAUCACUGUGCUACCUACGACUAUGGUACUACGGGUUUGCGACGUGCUGAUCGAGUUUGUGGGUGUGGCGAGGUACCUUUUUUGGACCCUCACUCUUCUGGACGUCGGCAGGUAUUGGGUAUUUAA